CCACAGCCGCCAUUUCCUGUCCGGCCCUGGGCGUGUCAGGUAUUCUGGUUGACAAUGGCUGACGAUCACGAGAAAGAUUUGCAGAAAUUUCUUAAAAAUGUGGAUGAAAUCACCAGCUUAAUCCAGGAGAUGAAUUCUGAUGACCCGCUUGUACAACAGAAAGCUAUCCUGGAGACAGAAAAGAGACUACUGUUUACAGAGGAAGUCCAAGAGGAGGACGGAUGCCGGACCACCCUGAAUAAGACCAUGAUCAGUCCUCCGCAAGCUCCUACGGAGAAUGCAGAUGAGAUAAACUCAGAAGCCUUCUUGGCAUCUGUGGAGUUGGAUGCAAAAGAACGUGCCAGGAGAAGAAAGGAAAACAAAGUCUUAGCAGAUGCCCUGAAAGCAAAGGGGAAUGAAGCCUUUGCCAGAGGCGACUACGAAGCGGCCAUCGUGUGCUACAGUGAGGGUCUGGACAAGCUGAAGGACAUGAAGGUGCUCUACACCAACCGGGCCCAGGCUUAUCUAAAACUCGGGGACUACCAGAAGGCAGUCGUGGAUUGUGAGUGGGCUCUGAAGUGUGAUGAAAAAUGCACAAAAGCGUAUUUCCACAUGGGAAAAGCCCACCUGGCCCUGAAGAACUACAGUGUGGCUAGAGAGUGUUAUCAGAAGAUCUUAGAAAUAAACCCCCAGCUUCAGACCCAGGUGAAAGAUUACCUGAAUCAAGUAAAUCUCCGGGAGAAAGCAGACCUUCAAGAGAAGGAAGCCCACAGAUCGCUGGAUUCGGGGAAGAACACAGCUGUGACAGUCAAGAAUCUCCUGGAGACGCUUUGCAAGCCCGAUCAGACCCCCUUGUUCUACGCAGGGGGGAUUGAAAUCCUGACUGAAAUGAUGCAGGAUUGCACAGAACGAACUUUAUUCAGAACACACAACGGAUUCAGUCUCAUCAGCGAGAAUAAGGUCCUAAGAAGGUGCUUUUCCACGGCAGGAAAAGAUGCAGUGGAAGAGAUGGUGUGCGUGUCUGUCCUCAGGCUCUGGCAAGCAGUGUGCACGGGGAACGAGGAAAACCAGCGCCUGCUACUCCAGCACCCCUACGUGGGCCGGCUGCUGCCGUCCUUGCUGGCCGCCAGGGCUCUGAUCGUCCGCCAGCAGAGCCUGGCCCUGCUGCUGCAGCUCGCCCAGGCGGACCACGGACGGGGCCUGAUCAUCAGCCACCUUGACGGGACCCGGUAGGACUCUGCUGGCGGGAGCUUCCCUGGGGCUUCUCAGACUGUCACCUGCCAGGUUAACACUUGCCUGUCCCCUUCCCACACCUCCAGCAGGAGAGGGGCCGUCAGACUUCAUUAAGGGUCAAACCAGAAAGGAAGGAGCGCACUCCCUCGGGAGGACCUCCGGGACGAGCUCCUGCCUGAACUUAGUACCCCAGGCACUUUCACUUCUCUGACCGGUUUCCCUUUCACGGAUACUACAGGUGGUGUAAAUGGCAGCCCUUCAAACCCAGAUUGGAGUCCAGCUCUGAACUAGGUCAUUCGCUCCUGCCCCUUUAGCCUCCGUCCGGCUCUGCCCUCUUUCUGCCCGCACUUUUCUUCUUUCAUUCCUGUUCGAGGUGACACUCUGAGUUGGCAUGUUCUUUAAGCCUUUCUGGAGCAAGGUAGAGUAGAGGUAAAUAAACGCAUCUGGAACACUCUUGCACGUAGGUCUUUCCAAGGUUUACAGCCUUGGAAACAGAAUGUGCCUCUCCCCUGAGUAGACUUGAUAAAAAAUUUACUGAACCCCAGUGAUGCCUUCC